GAUGUGUUUCAUUCAUCAUCUUCUGAUUACGAUUUCCGCCGACUAAGAUUCAUCAUUCAUUUAUCUUUAUCUUUCGGUUCUUGUUUCUUCUCGGUUAAGAAUCGAGAGUCUUAGAAGAGAAGAAGAGUUCUCAGUGGUCGUUCAUGGCGGCGACCUUUUGAUUUCGUUUUUUUUCUUCUUUUCUUUUCUUUUUAUCGUAUUUCUUUGACUCGAACAGAGAAGAAACUCUUGAUAAGGACUGUUUUGAUUCAGAAUCUUUAGUGUCUUAUAACAUAGAAAAAAAAUUAAAAAAAUAAAUAAAGAAACAGAGGAGGUUUGCAGCUAGAACAUAGAAGGAGAGGAAAUGGCGGAUUCGGAUGGAAAUGUUGGUACAAAGAUAAAGAUUGGUGUCUGCGUCAUGGAAAAGAAGGUAUUCUCCGCUCCCAUGGGACAGAUCCUUGAGAGACUACAGUCAUUUGGUGAAUUUGAGAUCAUAUUUUUUGGAGACAAGGUUAUUCUUGAGGAUCCAAUAGAGAGCUGGCCAAUUUGUGAUUGCUUGAUUGCCUUCUACUCCACUGGUUAUCCCCUGGAAAAGGCAGAAGCGUAUGCCGCUUUACGAAAGCCCUUUCUGGUUAAUGAGUUGGAACCACAGCAUCUUCUUCAUGACCGAAGGAAGGUAUACGAGUGUCUUGAAAUGUAUGCAAUUCCUGUUCCAAGAUAUGCCCUAGUAAAUAGGGAAUACCCUUACCAAGAGCUGAAUUAUUUUAUUGAACAAGAUGAUUAUGUUGAGGUUCAUGGAGAGCGCUUCUGGAAGCCCUUUGUGGAGAAACCUAUUGAUGGGGAUGAUCACCGUAUAAUGAUAUACUAUCCCAGUUCAGCAGGUGGGGGUAUGAAGGAGUUAUUUCGAAAGGUUGGUAACCGUUCAAGUGAAUUUCAUCAAGAGGUUCGACGAGUGAGACGUGAAGGCUCUUACAUAUACGAGGAGUUCAUGCCAACAGGAGGAACGGAUGUCAAGGUGUAUACAGUUGGUCCAGAGUAUGCACAUGCUGAGGCAAGGAAGUCUCCUGUUGUUGAUGGUGUAGUCAUGAGGAAUCAUGAUGGAAAAGAAGUGAGAUAUCCUGUACUACUGACUCCAGCUGAGAAGCAAAUGGCAAGAGAUGUUUGCAUUGCAUUUAGGCAAGCGGUUUGUGGAUUUGAUCUCUUACGCUCUGAGGGAAGGUCAUAUGUUUGUGAUGUUAAUGGAUGGAGUUUUGUGAAGAACUCUCACAAGUAUUAUGAUGAUGCUGCUUGUGUAUUGAGGAAAAUGUUUUUAGAUGCCAAGGCCCCUCAUCUUUCUUCAACAAUUCCACCAACUCUGCCCUGGAAAGUCAAUGAACCAGUCCAACCUUCUGAGGGACUAACACGUCAAGGGAGUGGAAUCAUUGGAAACUUUGGGCAGGCAGAGGAGUUACGCUGUGUUAUUGCUGUUAUCCGACAUGGUGAUCGGACUCCCAAACAAAAGGUCAAAUUGAAGGUUACAGAGGAAAAACUAUUAAAUUUAAUGCUAAAAUACAAUGGUGGCCGGCCUAGGUCCGAGACAAAACUCAAAAGUGCUGUUCAGUUGCAAGAUUUGUUGGAUGCAACACGGAUGCUGGUACCUCGUGAAAGGUCUGGUCGAGAAAGCGACAGUGAUGCAGAAGACAUUGAGCAUGCUGAAAAACUUCGACAAGUGAAAGCAGUGCUUGAGGAGGGCGGACACUUUUCAGGCAUUUACAGGAAAGUCCAGUUAAAGCCACUAAAGUGGGUCAAGAUUCCAAAAACUAAUGGUGAAGGUGAAGAAGAACGUCCUGUUGAAGCUCUAAUGGUUCUCAAGUAUGGUGGAGUUCUUACACAUGCUGGAAGAAAGCAGGCAGAAGAACUAGGGAGAUACUUUCGGAACAAUAUGUAUCCAGGUGAAGGUACAGGGUUGCUACGCUUGCAUAGUACUUAUCGUCAUGAUCUGAAAAUAUACAGCUCAGAUGAGGGUCGUGUUCAGAUGUCUGCAGCUGCGUUUGCUAAGGGCCUUCUGGACUUGGAGGGGCAAUUGACUCCAAUACUGGUUUCACUUGUGAGCAAAGACUCCUCUAUGUUGGAUGGACUUGACAAUGCCAGCAUUGAGAUGGAUGAAGCAAAGGCUAGGUUGAAUGAGAUCAUAACAUCAGACGCUAAAACAGUGUACUGCAAUGGAUCUGCCGAAUUUCCUUGGAUGGUUGAUGGUGCUGGACUACCCCCUAUUGCUUCUCAACUUCUACCAAAAUUGGUUAAAUUGACCAAAAAGGUCACAGCACAAGUGAGACUACUUGUUAAAGAUGAAGAUGAGAAACUUGCAAUGACUAGCACAUAUGCAGUUCUUCGUCCAUAUGACCAAGCAAAGGCCCUUGGAAAGAGUAAUAUUGAUGUUGGUCGCAUUGCUUCUGGAUUACCUUGUGGUAGCGAAGGCUUCCUUUUGAUGUAUGCGCGUUGGAAAAAGCUUGAAAGAGACUUAUAUAAUGAACGCAAGGAGCGGUUUGAUAUAACUCAAAUUCCAGAUGUUUAUGAUUCUUGCAAAUAUGAUCUCUUGCACAAUUCACAUCUUAAUUUGGAAGGAUUGGAUGAGCUCUUCAAAGUUGCUCAGUUACUGGCAGACGGUGUUAUCCCAAAUGAAUAUGGUAUAAAUCCAAAGCAGAAGCUCAAAAUUGGUUCUAAGAUUGCCCGCCGUUUGUUGGGAAAGAUUAUGAUUGAUCUACGGAACACUCGUGAAGAAGCGAUUAGUGUUGCUGAAUUAAAAAAUAACCAAGACCAAGGUUUAACAUCCACCAUGGCAGGAAAGAAAACUACGGAUUUGCAAUCAAAACCUCCAGUCAAGAAUGAAGACACAAGACGAUCUAGUUCUACAAGUGAAAUAUCAUUGGACCAAGAUGAUGAUGAUGACAAGGAAACAAAAUACCGUUUGGAUCCAAAGUAUGCCAAUGUCAAGACACCUGAACGACAUGUACGGACACGCCUUUAUUUCACAUCAGAAUCACAUAUACAUUCUUUAAUGAAUGUGCUUCGCUACUGUAACUUGGAUGAAUCUCUGCAAGGAGAGGAAAGCCCUGUCUAUCAUAGUGCUUUGGAGCGUUUGUUCAAAACAAAGGAACUUGACUACAUGAGUUAUAUCGUAUUCAGAAUGUUCGAGAAUACUGAGGUGGCUCUGGAAGACCCAAAAAGGUUCCGCUUAGAGAUGACAUUCAGCCGUGGUGCAGAUUUAAGCCCACUGGAGGAGAAUGAUGGUGAGGCUGCUUCCUUGCAUCAAGAGCACACACUGCCAAUAAUGGGCCCAGAAAGGCUGCAAGAAGUAGGGUCAUAUCUUACACUAGAGAAGAUGGAAAAGAUGAUCCGCCCAUUUGCAAUGCCUGCUGAGGAUUUCCCACCCCCAUCAACACCCCAGGGCUUCUCGGGUUACUUCUCCAAAAGUGCGGGAAUGCUUGAACGCCUGGUGAAUUUGUGGCCUUUCCACAAGCAUGCUAAUGCCAAUGGGAAGUGAUUGUGACUAUGCAUUACUUUUGUUCCCCCUUGAAAGUCAUGCAAUUAACAGUAGCUUUACUAACCAUAUCAAUUUUGCCGGAUCCUAUCGCUGAAAUUAGGAAAAAUAACAUAGUUUUACAACCAAAAAAAUGUUAUUGGAAGUGAAGAGUUUGUAAGUAGCUUCUGUUGCUUUCACAGUCUUUUCAUUGUUCUCCCCCUCCCCCACCUGACCCCCCCCCCCCC